AUGACAACCGAUCUAGAAGCAAGCAUGGCUGCAACGGCCAUCAACAGCCCAGCUUUGCAGAGACUCCUAGCGUUCCCAGAUUGCAAGCAGUUCCGCGGUGUCCUCGCCACUGCGCCCGAAAACCAGGCAGACCAACUCACGUUUACGACUCUGGCAGGACCAGGGAAAAUUUCAUGUCCACCUUACGUUGCCACGUCUAACGAGAAGGGAGAACUGCUAGCAUUUUAUCAUCUCGGGUCCCAAUUAGCUGGCCACGCUGGUAUAUGCCAUGGUGGCCUCUCUGCUGUGCUACUGGAUGAGUGUAUGGGUCGUGUCUGCUUCGCCAGAUUUGCGAAUGGUGUCGGAGUAACAGUCAAACUGGAUAUCAGCUAUCGGGCACCGAUACCCGUCGACAGUAUGGUGCUGGUUGCUGCAAAGAUCGAAAAGGUGGAGGGUCGCAAAGCGUGGGUCAAGGCAACCAUACAGGAUCCCGAAGAGAGCACUGUAUUUGUCGAGGCGGAAGCUCUGUUCAUAGAGCCGAAGUGGGCACGGGAGAUGUCAAACACCCUGCAAAAUUCUUCCAUGACUGCUCGCCAGUCAAUUGAUAUCAAGCCCUUGUCAAUUCCCAACUCAGCAGCCGCUUCAUCUCGCCUCUUCCAGACCUCUUCCACCAGCCUACGGACACAGACUCUACUACCAAUCCCAAACAUGGUGGUGUGA